UGCUGGUUCACACUCCACACAAACCCUAGAAUACUCCCUUUCCCUUUUUCUAUUAUUCUACUUUUGACCCCCUUACUUUAAUAAAAUUUCAAUAUACUUUCCCUCCGGAGUGUGGUUUGCUCCAUGAAAUGGGAAAUGGAGGUGUAUGAAAUCGAAGCUGUGCUCGAGAAAAUCUGGGAUUUACACGAUAAGCUCAGCGAUGCUAUUCACUCCGUUUCUCGAGCUCACUUCCUCAAUUCCGUCAAGUCUCGUUGUAAGUCCGAUGAGAACUUCUACAAUCACCGGUCUAAAAGGAAACCCGACCUAAUUUCCGAUGAAAACCCUAACAAUGGAGAUCAGGUGAAAGCCGGCUAUGUUUUCGUUAAGGAGUUCCGUGUUGACGAUGAUGAUAACGCCGUUCAUGAGGCUAAGAGUCUCAACGCUAUUCGUACCGCUCUUGAACACCUUGAGGACCAGCUCGAGUUCUUCCAUACCUUGCAAAAUCAGCAACGUGCAGAAAGGGAUGCUGCACUUGCUCGCUUAGAGCAAAGCCGAAUUAUACUUGCAAUGCGAUUGGCUGAACAUCAGGGUAAGAACUAUAAAUUCAUUGAAGAAGCUCAGUCCUUGGUGGGAGAUGUCUGUAACGCCAGUCAGUUUGUUUCUCCUGAAAAUCUUUAUGGUCCUACAUCAAGACCCCCAGGUGAGAAUUUCAUGGUGCAGAAGGGGAAGAGAUCAAAUGCUCUAUUCAAUAUACUCUUCUCUAGUUUUAAUUUCAUUAGGAAGUCUCUUAGAGUGGAUCAAGUGGGUGGAAUUUUGGGAAACGCGGCCCUCGUUGCAAUCAGCAUGCUUGCACUGAUGCAUCUGCAGCAAGCUGGUAGCAAGGAAAAAUACCUUUUGGACCUCCCAUUAGGACAAGAUGUUGGCUACAACAGAAAUAUGAGAAAGAUUUCUCAGCUUGAGGGGUCAUCUUCCGGUCUAAAUUUGGAUGUGUUGUCAGCCAGGGGCUGACACGUAAAAUAAAGUUGGUACGGAGAGAAUAGGGGAGAAAGAGGUAUUACGUAACGGCUUCCACUUGGCUGCUGAAGUUUUAUUGAUUGAUGAGAGAGCUUUUUUUGUUGGUGAUUGUUAAAUGCUUAGUCGUGUACACCAAAUUUUAGAUCUAUUAAAGCAGAAUGUGAGUUUGUGUUCAGUGGUGUUUCUCUUAAUUUGUGAUAAAAAGUGUAGUCUUGUGUCUAUAAGAUAGAAUGUCAACUUUGUCUUUUAUGGAGUAUGAAAUUGUAUACCUCUCCGAAGAAAGCUAACAAAUGAAGAAUUUUUUGUCCCAAUUA